GGGUGGCUCACAGAGCGACGUGGUAAUAGCAUUUCGAAAAUAGAGAGGGGCUGUUCUGAAAAAUAUUACCUUAAUACUUGAUGGGGAAAGUCUCCAUUACGUUACUACAUUAAUAUUAAUACGAAAUGAAUAACACAGUACUAGACCUCUGCUCAGUUUUCCACCCCGGUUUAUCAUAGGCGUCGCCUGUCAUUCGCCCAUGUGAGUAAUAGGCUUCUGUCGCUUGCCGCCCGGAAUCCCUAUUUUCAUCAAUCCAUUUGAGAUGCGGGAGAUGCGACGGAGUCGCGCGGUGAGCGACUGUGUUUUGAAACCCAUAGAUUGUUUGCCUCUGCACGGAAGUUAUCAUAUAAUUUGCAUUUUGGGACGCCUUCACUCUGACAGCGGCGAACCAGCUGUGGCUGUCAGACAGUUUGCACUCUGUCGGAGUGAUUUGCAGUGAAAAUCCGUAAUUCCUCACAAUACUUCGACUCUUGGAUUUACUUAAACCAGAUUUGUCAAUUGACGACAGACAGAUUGCAUGUUCGCCCUAUUUUCUACGUGUUUGUUUGAUUGAAAUGUUUAGUUGUUUGUUAUUGUCUUGGGAAUUGUAUAAAACCGUAGUAACUAUGGCUGGUGUUACAGUUGAGGAUUAGUGUCCGGAUUAUAUUUCAGCAGCAGCCGAGUCCUCUAGCAGUUGUGUUCAUUUGCUGUUUGUUUAUUUGGCCAGUUCUUCUGUUUUCGUUGUCAUUUGAAAAGGAACCCAUUUUAAAUACAUACAAAACAGCAUUUAAUGUGGAGUAAAUUAACUUUAGUAAGACAUAAUGGUAAGAGCGAAAAAAUAUUUUUGGGAUUAUGAAAAUAAUGCAUUAAUUGACAGUCUCUAAGAGUAGCCUAACAUAGUAACCAUUCAGGCAACACAGUUUUUAAAAACCAAAAUUAUGAAUAGAUCUGAGGUGUGUGGUGUCGUGUCCUUGCUGGUGUUUCUUCAAAACGCAAUGUGCACAUCUGCUGUAGAAUGCGGGAAUUAAUUUUAAGAUCGAUAGCCUAGACUACAGGAAAAUGUCAUCUGUUAGGAUUUUUCAAAUUUUAUCAGUGAGUUUUCCAUAAACUUUGCAUAUGCAUGUCUGCGGUCCGUGUUGUCGUGUAGCCUACUUUAGAGUGGAAUAAUUCACAAAACAAACAAGUUGUCAAAUAUAAUGGCGGAUCGGACUGCUCCGCGUUGCCAAUUGAGAUUAGAAUGGAUCUACGGGUACAGAGGGCAUCAAUGCCGAAACAACCUGUACUAUACCGCUGGGAAAGAAGUGGUCUAUUUCGUGGCUGGAGUCGGCGUGGUUUACAAUACCAGAGAACACACUCAGAAGUUCUACCUGGGUCACAACGAUGACAUUAUAAGCCUUGCCCUUCAUCCUGAGAGGUCUCUGGUGGCAACAGGUCAGGUGGGGAAGGAGCCCUACAUCUGUGUGUGGGACACCUUCAGUGUACAGACCAUCUCUAUCCUGAAGGACGGACACUCCCAUGGGGUGGCCUGCCUGGCUUUCAGCGCAGAUGGACAGCGGCUAGCUUCUGUGGGGCUGGAUGCCAAAAAUACAGUGUCUGUUUGGGACUGGAAGAAAGGAAAGGUUCUGGCCACUGCGACAGGACAUUCAGACAGGAUCUUUGAUAUAUCUUGGGAUCCCUUUCAGCAGAACCGGCUGGUGAGCUGUGGGGUAAAGCACAUAAAGUUCUGGGCUCUCUGUGGCAAUGCGUUGACGCCCAAACGGGGGAUAUUCGGGAAGACGGGGGAUCUACAGACCAUUUUGUGUGUGGCAUCGGCUAAAGAUGAUGUAACAUACUCUGGGGCGUUGAAUGGGGAUAUCUACGUGUGGAAAGGACUGAACCUUUUACGUACGGUGCAAGCCGCUCAUGGAGCUGGGAUCUUCAGCAUGUAUGCCUGUGAGGAGGGCUUCGCCACGGGGGGACGUGACGGUUGUGUCAGGCUUUGGGAUCUGGACUUCAAGCCUAUCACCAAGAUCGACCUUCGGGAGGCUGAGCAGGGGUAUAAAGGGCUGUCUAUUCGUAGUGUGUGUUGGAGGGCAGACCGUAUCCUGGCGGGGACGCAGGACAGUGAGAUCUUUGAGGUGAUGGUUCGGGACAGAGACAAGCCUCUGCUCAUCAUGCAGGGUCACUGUGAGGGAGAGCUCUGGGCUCUGGACGUCCACCCCAAGAAACCGCUAGCUGUGACCGGCAGUGAUGACCGAUCUGUACGGUUGUGGAGCCUGGCGGACCAUGCCCUGAUAGCUCGCUGUAACAUGGAGGAGGCAGUCCGCAGUGUGGCCUUCAGCAACGAUGGCUCUCAGCUCGCUCUGGGCAUGAAGGACGGCUCCUUCACCGUGCUCCGAGUCAGGGACAUGACGGAGGUCGUGCACAUUAAAGACAGGAAGGAGGUGAUCCAUGAGAUGAAGUUCUCUCCGGAUGGCAGCUACCUGGCCGUGGGCUCCAAUGACGGCCUGGUGGAUGUAUAUGCUGUGGCGCAGCGCUACAAGAAAGUGGGCGAGUGCAACAAGUCCUCCAGCUUCAUCACCCACCUGGACUGGUCCAUCGACAGCAAGUUCCUCCAGAGCAACGACGGUGCGGGAGAACGCCUCUUCUACAGGAUGCCAAUUGGGAAGCACCUGACCACCAAGGAGGAGGUAAAAGGGAUCCACUGGAGCUCGUGGACAAGUGUGAUUGGUCCAGAGGUGAGUGGGAUCUGGCCCAAGUACACCAACAUCAGUGACGUCAACUCUGUGGACGCCAACUACAGCAGUGCUGUGCUGGUUACUGGAGACGACUUUGGUCUGGUCAAACUGUUCCGCUUCCCCUGCCUAAAGAAAGGGGCAAAAUUCAAGAAGUACAUUGGCCACUCGGCCCACGUGACCAACGUGCACUGGUCUCACGACCUGCAGUGGGUGUUGACCACCGGCGGGGCUGACCACUCUGUGUUCCAGUGGAAGUUCCUGCCUGAGGGCGUCAUGAACGGAGGACUGGAGACCAAUAUACCACAAGAUGGCCAUGCAGACUCCAACAGUGAGGAGUCUGACUCUGAUGUGUCUGAUGUCCCGGAGCUGGACUCUGAUAUUGAGCAGGAGACACAGAUCAACUACGACCGACAGGUGUAUAAGGAGGACCUUCCCCAGCUGAGGCAGCAGAGCAGAGAGAAGAAGCAGCAGGUUGGCUCCCUAAAGCGCCAGAGAGGCCCAGAUGAAGGUCUUCGUCUAAAGUUUGUCCACGGGUACCGCGGCUACGACUGCAGAAACAACCUGUUCUACACCCAGGCAGGGGAGGUGGUGUACCAUGUGGCGGCGGUGGGCGUGGUCUACAACAGAGAGCAACACAGUCAGAGGUUUUACCUGGGCCACGAUGAUGACAUCAUCAGCCUGACCGUACACCCUCUGAAAGACUAUGCAGCCACUGGACAGGUUGGCAGGGACCCAGCCAUCCAUGUGUGGGACAUCCAAACCCUGAAGUGCUUCUCCCUGCUCAAGGGCUUUCACCAGAAAGGAGUUUGUGCCCUUGAUUUCUCUGCGGAUGGGAAGAGCCUGGUCUCAGUGGGCAUUGAUGAACACCACUCUAUCAUUGUGUGGGAUUGGAGGAAGGGGGAGAAGCUGGCCACGGCAAGGGGACACAAAGACAAGCUGUUUGUGGUGAAGUGUAAUCCUAUCCUCAUGGACAAGCUGGUCACAGUGGGAAUCAAACACAUCAAGUUCUGGCAGCAUACAGGUGGGGGCCUUAUGUUCAAGCGAGGCAUCUUUGGGAGCCUGGGGAAGCUGGAGACGAUGAUGUCCGUGUGUUAUGGUCGGACAGACGAGCUGGUGUUCUCUGGAGCCGCCACAGGGGACAUAUAUGUCUGGAAGGAACCCAUGCUGCUGAAGACCAUCAAGGCCCACGACGGACCUGUGUUCGCCAUGUACUCCCUGGACAAGGGCUUUGUGACAGGUGGGAAGGACGGAGUGGUGGAGUUGUGGGACGACAUGUUUGAGAGGUGCCUAAAGACCUACGCCAUCAAGAGAGCAGCCCUCUCCCCGGGAUCUAAAGGGCUACUCCUGGAGGACAACCCCUCCAUCCGUGCCAUAACUCUGGGACAUGGACACAUCCUGGUGGGAACCAAGAACGGAGAAAUACUUGAAAUUGACAAGAGUGGACCCAUGACCUUGCUGGUCCAGGGUCACAUGGAAGGCGAGGUGUGGGGUCUCGCUGCUCACCCCCUGCUCCCCAUAUGUGCCACAGUGAGUGACGACAAAACCCUGCGGAUAUGGGAGCUCUCCACCAACCACCGCAUGGUGGCCGUUCGCAAACUUAAAAAAGGUGGAAGAUGCUGUGCCUUCUCCCCUGAUGGGAAAGCCUUAGCAGUGGGCCUCAACGAUGGUAGUUUCCUGGUGGUGAACUCUGACACCCUGGAGGACCUGGUGUCCUUCCAUCACAGGAAGGAGUCCAUCUCUGACGUCAGGUUUUCACAAGAUGCUGGUAAAUACCUUGCAGUGGCCUCUCAUGAUAACUUUGUGGAUAUCUACAAUGUGCUGUCCAGCAAGAGGGUGGGAAUCUGUAAAGGAGCUUCCAGCUAUAUCACUCAUAUAGACUGGGACUCUCGUGGUAAAUUGCUGCAAGUAAAUUCAGGUGCCAAAGAGCAAUUAUUCUUUGAAGCCCCAAGAGGCAAGAGACAAACCAUACGAAAUGCUGAGAUAGAGAAGAUGGAGUGGGCUACCUGGACGUGUGUCCUGGGCCCCACCUGUGAGGGGAUCUGGCCCACCCACAGUGACAUCACAGACGUCAACGCCGCCUCACUGACCAAAGACAAGAAGCUGCUUGCUACCGGAGAUGACUUUGGCUUCCUCAAGCUCUUCAGCUAUCCAGCCAGGGGUCAGUAUGCACGCUUCAAGAAGUACAUGGGUCACAGUGCCCAUGUAACCAAUGUUCGAUGGGGACAAGAUGAUGCCAUGCUACUGACGCUCGGCGGAGCUGACACAGCGCUGAUGAUCUGGGCCCUGGAGAGAACCGGAGAGGGUCACAGGGAGAACCCUGUGGACAGUGAGGAGUCAGACGAUGACAUUGAGGAGGACGGAGGGUAUGACAGUGAUGUGGCGAGGGAGAAGAGCAUUGACUACACCACUAAGAUCUAUGCUGUCAGCAUCCGGGACAUGUGUGGCAUCAAACCCCACCAGCAACUGAAGGAGGUGUCGGCAGAGGAAAGGCAGGGCAUUGUCAAGGGAUCCAGGCCUCCUGUUAGCCGAGCUGCUCCCCAACCAGAGAAGCUACAGAAGAACAAUAUCACCAAAAAGAAGAAGCUUGUUGAGGACCUGGUGCUGGACCACGUGUUUGGGUUCAGGGGCUUUGAUUGUCGCAACAACCUUCACUACCUCAACGACGGCGCCGACAUUGUCUUCCACACAGCAGCCACGGCUAUGGUGCACAGCCUCACCACCGGGACUCAGAGUUUCUACUUGGAACAUACAGAUGAUAUCCUCUGUUUGACCGUCAAUCAACAUCCAAAAUACAAAAAUAUAAUCGCUACAGGACAGAUUGGUGAAGUGACAGACCUACCAGGCACCACCCCCUCCAUCCACGUGUGGGACGCAAUGAGUAAACAGACACUGUCCAUCCUGCGCUGCUCUCACACUAAGGGGGUGGGCUACGUCAACUUCAGCGCCACAGGCAAGCUGCUGCUCUCUGUGGGGGUGGAGCCUGAACACACCAUCACUGUGUGGCGCUGGCAGGAAGGUGCUAAAGUGACCAGUAAAGGUGGCCAUCCAGACAGGAUCUUCGUAGUGGAGUUCCGGCCAGACUCUGAUUCUCAGUUUGUGUCUGUUGGCAUCAAACACAUCAAGUUCUGGACACUGGCUGGAGGCUCUCUUAUGUAUAAAAAGGGAGUGGUGGGCUCAGUGGAGGACGGCAGGAUGCAGACCAUGCUAUCUGUGGCCUUCGGUGCUAAUAACCUAACAUUCACAGGUGCCAUAAACGGGGAUGUGUACGUGUGGAGAGAUCACUUCCUGCUUCGUGUCGUGGCUAAAGCCCACACCGGGCCAGUGUUCACCAUGUACACCACACUGAGAGACGGCCUCAUCGUCACAGGGGGCAAGGAGAGGCCUACAAAGGAGGGCGGUGCAGUGAAACUGUGGGACCAGGAGAUGAAACGUUGCCGAGCGUUCCAGCUCGAGACGGGACAGACUGUUGAGUGUGUGAGGUCCGUUUGUCGAGGCAAGGGUAAGAUAUUGGUAGGCACAAAGGAUGGUGAGAUCAUUGAGGUGGGGGAGAAGAACGCUGCGUCCAACAUCCUGAUCAACAGUCACAUGCAGGGCGAGAUAUGGGGCCUGGCCACCCACCCCUCUAAAGACCUGUUCAUCUCCGCCAGUGACGACGGAACCAUCCGGAUAUGGGACCUGGCCGACAAGAAACUGCUGAACAAAGUGAGCCUGGGCCACCCAGCCAAGUGUGCCAGCUACAGUCCUGAUGGGGAGAUGGUGUCUGUGGGCAUGAAGAAUGGGGAGUUCAUCAUCCUCCUCACCAACUCACUUAAGAUUUGGGCCAAGAAACGAGACCGCAGUGCUGCCAUACAGGACAUCAGGUUCAGUCCAGACAAACACCUCCUGGCAGUGGGCUCAGUGGAGAGUACGGUUGACCUCUACGACCUUACCUUGGGCCCCUCGCUAAACCGUGUGGGCUACUGUAAGGACAUCUCCAGCUUUGUUAUCCAGAUGGACUUCUCUGCAGACAGCAUGUUCAUUGAGGUGUCCACAGGAAACUAUAAGCGCCAGGUGCAUGAGAUGCCUUCUGGGAAAAUUGUGACAGAACAGACUGUGAUUGACAGGAUCACCUGGGCCACCUGGACCAGUAUCCUGGGAGAUGAGGUGCUGGGUAUCUGGCCACGGAAUGCUGAUAAGGCUGACGUCAACUGUGCCUGUGUCUCCCACACCGGACUCAACGUGGUCACCGGGGACGACUUUGGGUUGGUCAAGCUCUUUGACUUCCCAUGCACUGAGAAAUUUGCCAAACACAAGCGUUACUUUGGGCACUCGGCACACGUGACCAACAUUCGCUUCUCCUAUGAUGAUAAAUAUGUGAUCAGCACUGGAGGACAUGACUCCAGUGUCUUUGUGUGGAAAUGCCUAUAAACCAGAGUCUUUUCUCCACAACCAUGCAUUCAGACUCCUUAGCCUAACGCAGUAAGUCUUGGAUUCUGACAAGUAUGCAGCCAGGAUCCCAACGCCUCAAGUGUCUGGCUACGGUCAAUCUUUUGCCUGACAUGCUGCAACUAUGUCUCCCCAUCUACCUGUGGGGGAGAAUGGGGUGCAAUACGCUAAUCACUGUACUAUUAAUUCAAGUCUAAGCAUUAGGCAGAGCAGGUAGCUCCUUUUCUAACAGGAAAUUACUUUGAAGCAGAUUUUUUGCCACUUGAAAAUGGUGGAUUUUCUGUCCAAACAAGAAAUUACCAUUUGUGUUUACAUUCUCAUCUGCUUGUAAUGAAGGACACAUGAAAACAGGUUGCCACGCCAGCUAUUGAUUUAUAUUUAAACCAUUAAAUAAUGGCUGGGAUUCAAUCCGGAAAUUGUAGGCAAAGGGUUACAAUAUGCAUUGUCAACAGCGCUUCAAGAAUUGAAUCCCAGCCAAUGUAGAGCAAAAAAGUUGUUUUCCCAUAAUUUAUUUGAAAGAGCCAUUUCCAUUGUUGAACAUUAUCAAACUUAAGUGCCUUUAUGAAUAUUUCUACUGGUCUUAUAUUUUUUUGCAAUUUCAGUUGAAAUAAUUUUGUACAUGUCUGGUGCUAUUAGAUUGUAAAGUUUUACUCAUUCAAUAUGCAGAAAAGGGCAUUGCUUUGCUGCGGUUUAAGUUAAUGCAUAAACAUCCAAAGUAUGAUAUGUAAUAUAGUAUGUUAAUAGCUCGAAUGAAAAUAUUUAAACGUUACUCAGUGAUCUAAGGUUCAAUUUUCAGCUUGUGAACGUCACAGAAAUGGCAGUGAGCAUUCUUAUGUCAAAAUGUUACUUACACUUUGUGGAAUAUCUUGGUGAAAUGUUUUAAGUAACCAUAGUGAAAAGAUUAAAUGAAAAGAAUGUUCACAGAUCUAAUACACUGAAAAAUACUGUUUUGUUUUAAUCAAGAGUCACUUCCAGUAAGGGAUUUCAGUGGUACUUCAAGGGAUGGCUUUAAGGUGAAGUGAAAUUAGACCGUCUAGGAGUGACCUGUCACACCAAAGCCAACUAUGCAGUCUUACUCAAGCCCUGGUCAUCUUUCCAUUCUUCUGUGUUUGUCUGCUGUUGAACUCUUUGCCUCACCUUGCUGUAUUUAGUCAGUCAAUCUCACUAACUUUAGCUAGUAGUGUGGCAGCAAUAUCAUUACGAAGUAUGGAUUCCUGUUCCCAGUUAAGUCAUUUCCUUUUUGUACAAGACUGAUUGUCUAGAUAUUGUUUCAUAUUAUUUGUAUCAUAUUGUAAAUUACUAAAAUAUGCUCAAAUGCAUGAUUUUAUUUUUUAAUCAAAAUUACAUCUUUGUAGAGUGAGGCAAGAUUAUUGUAUGAAUGACAAUCAUGGUUGUUUUAUACCAAUUUAUUGUAAGUGAUGAUUGUGUGCCAACGUAGAUGUACAAAUGUUACGUAUAUGUAAAGAUUAAAUGAAAAUGUAUACAAAAAUCGUAGUCAUUUGUCCAAUGAAAGUUGAAUAAUUAGACCUCAAAAAUGGUUAAAAGAAGGGGGUAUCACUCAAAAGGCAUAUUGAGCUUAUCUGCCCCCGUUGAGAACUUUCGGUGGUGGUUCAGACUUCGUCAUUUUGCUUUUAUCUUAAGAUGAAUGCACGGACUAAGUCACUGAAUAAGACCAUCCGCUAAAAAUCACAAAAUGUAAUUUCAGACAAUGACAAAUCUUAUACUUCAUUAUGUACUGUUGGUAUUCACAAUGUACUAACAUUCCUACAUGCUAGUUAGAAAAGCAUUGAGUAUACAGUAAAUUCCUAUUCAACAAAGGUUUAGUGACAUCCAGGCAUUUAAAACAUGCCCUGGACAGGAGCAAGGGGUUGUGUUCAGGCAGAGCUAUAGUUUCUGCAAGUGUUUGCUUUUUAACUUUUCUAUACCCUCCAUCUUGCCUACUGAGAAAU